AUGCGUCUCGAGACUCCCAGCACCGAGAGUGAGGUCGAUACGCCUCUGUCAGAAGGGGCAAAGAAGAAGAAGACGGCCCCCAAGAAGAAGGUGGACAGCGGGGACGGCAAGGACAAGGAGGCGGAGGCGGCGCGGAAGCGUGAAGAAAAGGAGGAAAAGGAGGCGAUGAAGCAGCAAGAGAAGGAUGAGAAGGCUCGGAAGAAGGAGCAGGAGAAGGUGGAUAAGGAGGCAGCCAAGUCUUUGGCUAAAAAGGAGAAGGAGGCGAACAAGCUACGGAUCAACAAGAGCGAUACGGUCCGCGAGAUCCACCUCUAUCUUACUCCCGACCUCCUUGAACCCUCUUCCCCCAUCGCUGCUGCGCUUCCCGAGAUCCGGACCCGGUUCGUCGGCAACGAGUCCGAAGUGCACACGCUCAACGAAAAAGAAUGCCCCCAGGCCGGCGUGAUCCGGUUCAAGCGGCACGUCAAGGCGAAAUACGAUGCCAAGGCGAAGAAAUGGGUCAUCCUCGCGGAAGAUCGAUGGGAAUGGGAAUCCACCGUCGUGCUCGUCGUCCAGGCCGAAGAGAUCCUGGAUCUGAUCCACUCGAAGGCGAACGGGUUGGCGGAAUGGGCGAGCGAUGCGCGGAUGACAAUGAGGUUGAAGCAGACGGAUCAGGUCGUGGUGAUGAUCAAAGGGCUGCAAAAGUAUUACGCCAAGACCAAGACGCUGGCGAAUAGGGAGUUUACCGCGGCGGCGAGGGCGAGCCUGGGGGAGAUCAACCCGGUGAGGAGACCGGUAGGGGUACGGGCGGAUAAGGCGAUGGUAGAGAGGGAGCUUGUCAAGCUGCAAGUGGCAGAGCGAUGCUUCUUGGUUCAUGUCGAAAAGACCGAAGAGAUCGAAGAUUGGGUCUAUAACCUCGGGGCCGACGUCGCUAUCCGACCUUACAAGUUGCUCAGAAAGACUCAUCUAAACUUCUGCCCCGCCGACGGCGCCGCUACCAAGAAGAGCUCGCACCCGUCCGACGCCUUCAAAUUGAUGCUUGAGGCUGUCCACGGCAUUACGCCGAGCGGCGCAGCGGGCAUCGUUGCCGAGUACCCCGUCUUCAAGGACUUGAUGGAGGCGUACGACAAGGCUGAGAGGAGGGGACACGGUGCUGCGCUCUUGUUGCAGGAUUGCGAGGUCCGUAAUCUCAGGAAUGGGACAGCGAACGGUCGGCUUCUCAACAAGGCGUUGUCGACCAAGGUGUAUCAUCAUUUCAGCUCGACGGACGGUCUGGCCUUGGUGUAG